CUGGGAUGGCCCUCUAUUUAAAUACACGAAUUAGAUCAAAAUAGGCAUACAAAAAUAGAACGUGUCUAACAUGGCGGCCAGUCGCCCAGCAAUGCCUAGUACACAUCCAACAAGUAAUAAAAUAAUUGUUGUGGCCAUAGAUGUGGGAACCGCGUACUCUGGAUAUGCUUUCUCCUACCGGAGCAGACCUCAAGAAGUAAUCGUGAACAAUUGGAAAUCGCAUGCAAACGAUGGCUUUUCCCACAAAGCACCAUCUUCCAUUCUUUUAAACGAAACAUACAACUUUGUAGCGUUUGGAUAUGACGCCGAAGAAGAGUUUUCUAAAAUAGUUCAAAACAGAAAAAAGGAUAAAUUUUUCUUUGUAAAGGAUUUCAAAACGCAGCUUGCAAACGAUCAGGGUCUUGAGAGGCAUCUGUUGGUCCAAGAUAUCUUAAAGCGAUUUGUACCAGCUCAUGGUCUUUUUAUGGAAUCUAUCCGCUUCCUUAGGAAACACUUCUUGGAAACUCUAAAUAAAAAAGGCUUUGAAUAUGAAGAAGACGAUAUUCAUUACAUUUUGACAAUACCUGCCAUUUGGUCAGAUGUUGCCAAACAAAUAAUGCGGGAUUCGGCAUGUAUGGCUGGCAUCAAACCAAAUAAUUUAGAAUUGGCUUUUGAACCAGAGGUUGCAGCGCUUCAUUGUAGAUCAAUACCAUCCGAGAAUCUAAGUGGCUCAACAAAGAGGCUAGAGGAAAUGUUUAAACCAGGAAUAAAGUUUGCUGUUCUUGAUUUGGGAGGAGGUACAGCUGAUAUGACAAUUGAACAGAAUACACUUGACGGGAAACUGAAGCAUGUUCACAAAGCAACAGGCGGUUUAUGGGGAGGAAACAAAGUAAACCAGGCAUUUUUAAAGUUCAUCUCUGAGGUUAUCAGCGGGGAUAUCUUAGAAAGUUUUGUAAAAGAAAAUUUAACUGAUUUCUUUUUUCUAAAUGGGCAAUUUGAAACUAAAAAGCGUUCCAUUGGGAAAUAUACAACUGAAGAAAUAGUUAUACAGCUACCAGCUUCUCUUUUGGAAAUAUUCAUGGAAAAAACAUCAAAAACUUUAGCACAGACAAUUAAAGGGUCCAUUUACAACAAGGACAUCGAUGUACAGAGAGGAAGGUUAGCAAUAUCCGCCGAAAAAUUCCGUUCGUUUUUCACGAGAACAAUUCAAGGAAUUGUGAAUCACGUAAAAAUGAUUCUAAACAAACCAGAAUGCAAAGAUGUGAGAUAUAUUCUUAUGGUGGGCGGGUUUUCUGAGUCACCUUUGGUCGAAGAUGAAAUGCGAUCUAAUUUCCCGGACAAGAAAAUCAUAAACCCUGUAGAUGCAGGAUUGUCGGUUUUAAAAGGAGCUGUCCUCUACGGUUUUAACACGGAAACCGUCACAGCUCGUGCCAGUCCCCUUACCUAUGGAAUAUCGCUGUACGAUAGCUUCAAUGAAAAGAAACAUGAUUUCUCAAAAACAGUAACUGUGGGAGAUGAAAGAAUUGUUCUUGGUUGUUUUGAAAAAUUCUUCACGAUAAAUGAACUGGUAGAGGUUGGAACAAAGCGAUCCAUUUCUGUCUAUGAAAGUUACGAAGGAAAAUCCGAUGCCAUGAGAAUGAUGAGCAAAGAAAUUGAAAUUUUUUCGUCACAUGAAGAAAAUCCCAAGUACGUAACUGAGGAAAGUUGUUCUCGCCAUGGACGUAUCAUUGUUUCUCCGCCUAAUGGAAGAUGGCCUGAUAAAGUCAGAGGUAAAAUUGAGUUCGAGUUUGGAGGAACAGAGCUAAUGGUUCGUUACAUAGAUAAAGCUACUCAAUACGUAGUCACUGGAAGUGUAGACUUCCAUCAAGGUGACAAUCAAUUUGACUUAUUGCGGUCCUCUGUUCAAAAGCAGUGAAAGGUCAAUGAAGGAACUGGUUUACAUGUAUCAAAUUACUUCGCAAGUCUCUUGUAUCCUUAAACAAAAUAAGUAUCUGAUAUGAAUGUUAUCAAUAAACUGUAUGGUUUCUUCGGUCUUCAAUAAGAAACAUAAUAUGUACAUUUAUUACAUAUCUAUAAAAAUGGGAUGUUUCUAUAAUACUUUCCUUUAACAUGCCGAUAUCUUAUUCGGAUCGUAGAUCUGCAGGACGGAUGCAGAUCCGUAUUAAAGUCUUUUCGCAACUCCUCUGAUUUUUCCGUAUUAUGAUUCAUCGACCAAUUUCAGCCCUCUGGCUUUUAAAUAGAGUUUUGGGGCUGAUAAAGGAUGUGAUAUAGAUAAAAGUAAAUGUACUAUCUUUUUUAUUUUACAAGAUUUGUUAACCGUAUUUCAGCUGAUAUAUGAGAUCUACUACGAGGGUCAAUCAAAAAAUACGAAGACUUUUGUCAUAGCUAUGUUACUUAACGGCAUAUUAUUACUAAAUCUGGUAUAUGCGUAAUUUCGCAAUGGUUUCAAACAAUUUGGAAGAAAAAUGUUAAUAUCUUACUAUAUUUCUAAGAAUUACUUAGAAUCUAAUCCUGCAAAAAUGAGGUCACGGCGUACGGUCAAAAUUUGUGUGGUGUCAACAAUAAACCAUAUAAUGAUGAAACGAAUAUCUCUAUAGAUUGGGCUUAAAACCAGAUAAUUUUGAAACCUUAAAUUAAGUAUAGUAAUGGUAUUCUAUGUACAAAAAAAGACUGAAAAUAUUGUUUUGUUAAACAUUUUUAGAAUUUUUAGAACUCUUUGGAAUUAACUAAAAUCAUUGACGUCGCCGGACCUCACUGCGCAACGAGAAGUAUACACAGAAUGGAUUUAACUUGGGGAAAAGCCGAUACAAACUGUAAAAAUGCUCGAUGGUGCAAACUAUUAAUAAAACAAUUAUUUGUAAGUUGGUGUAACUGAAAUACAUUUUGUGGGGGUGAUGGUAAUCGUAUUUUGAAUUUCAAACAGUCCGAAAGAGAGUAGAAUAUCUGAAAAUAUUUGAAAAAAAAAUAAGUAACGUCAGCCGAAGUUUAGGAUUAUCCUUAUUUUAAGCUAAGAGAUACAUGGUUAAGAAAUGGAAACUUUGAAGAAUUAACUUAUGAUUCUCGAACAAAUGUGUGUAAAUAAGAUGUUAAAUGGUACGGUGCCAUUUUAUUUUGUAAGGUGAAACGCAAAAAAGAGACUAAGCGUGAUAUAAAGAUAGGGUAUAUCAAUAAACUGUGCGUGCUUGACGCCAUGUUUUGACCGUUACCGUGCGCCGUGGUGACAAAACAGGUUGUUUUUAAAAAGAAGUAACAAAAAUGACUUUUCGUCAAAUGGAUUAAAACUUCACAUAUCAGUAAAAUAAGUGUUGGUGCACAGAUUAAUCUGUUAGGUUUUACUUUCAUGAAAAAUAUUUGAUAGACAGCCACAUUGUCUUUGUAUUUCUUGAUUGACCCUCAUAGUAUUCUCAAUUUCGUAAGAUAUGUAGUCAAAUGCCCCGUGUUCGAAUACGUAUAUUGCCACUAUAUUUAAACCUGUUUUUGAUUAAGAAGCAUGCAUAUAUCUGGCAUUUUUUUCUUUUUAUUUGUUUAGAUUUAAAGAAAUUACUAAUCGAAAGUUCCUUGCAUUAUUUUACAAAACAUUUAUUUGGACUCAUAAUGUUAUAAAAGAGUUGUUUUUGUUGUGUUAUGUUUUUUGCAGAUUCUUGCCAUACAUUUGAUAUUCAAAAUUAAAGAAGUUUAAAAUUAUAUUUUCUUAUUUCUAAGAAACAAAAACCAAUAUCAUGAAAAUCAAAAUCAAUAAAGCAAGACAAAAUUGCAUGCAUAUGAUUAUUUUGUUAAGAGCCUUCAGGUUAAUAAAAAACGAAAUUGUUUAACCUACGAUUAAUUAAAAAUGAUGUUUUGGUAUGUAUUUUUCUUUUUUAUAUUUUGUUUUAAUAUUAAUUAAAUAUUUCGAAGGUUUUUAUUCUACUGACAUUUUUAUCGAUAGAAGUUGUUAUGAUUUGUUUGUUCAUAAAUAUAAUGUUACAUGUUACCCUAAAAAAGAUAUUAGUUAUUAUAAAAUAUAUUGUCAUUAUGUCAACCAAUAUUGGGGGGCAUCUAAUUUGGUAUAUUAAUUAGUAUUAACAUUUUUGAAGAAGUAUAUUUGAAUAAAUACCACAUUAAAGCAUUUUAUUUUCACGGAAUCUUAACCAUUUUUUGUUUUUAUAUUAUCCUUUGUUAACUAUUUCAUUUCAGUCAGCGACGUUUUCAAUCAUAAUUAGAGAUCAACGAAUAUCAAUGAAACCACAACAUACUCAUUUAUGUGUCGAGAAACUAUAUGCUUUGCGU